AUGGUCAUUGCAACAGUGGCAAGGUCAAAUGAAGAUGUCAAUGAGAAGCAUGAGGAAGAAUAUUGGAACUACGAGAAGCAUGCUAUAGAUCUUGGUGAUAUAGAGAGAUAUCAAAUAUACCAACGGAUUGGAAAGGGAAAGUAUUCAGAAGUGUUUGAGGGGCGUAAGGACAAGGAAAAGGUAAUAAUAAAGGCACUAAAGCCAGUAAAGAUAGCAAAGAUCAGUAGAGAAAUCUUGGUGUUGAAGCAUUUAUUCCAUGAAAGCAUCAUAAGGCUUGUUGAUGUAGUUGCAGACCAGGAAUCUCAAGUGCAUUCGUUGGUAUUUGAAUACAUAGAAAAUGAAGACUAUGCAAAGAUAUUUGAAAGCUUAGGAUACAGAGACAUUGUCAAUUACUCAAGACAAAUUCUUUCUGCGCUUGAAUAUUGCCACAGCAUGGGAAUAAUCCAUAGAGACAUCAAGCCACAAAACAUGGUGAUAAACCAUGCUAAAAGACAGCUGAAAAUAAUUGAUUGGGGCCUUGCUGAGUUCUAUCAUCCAAAGAAAGAGUACAGUGUCCGUGUUGCAAGCCGAUAUUACAAAGGGCCUGAGCUUCUGGUAGACUAUCCGUAUUAUGACUAUUCUCUUGACAUAUGGUCAUUUGGAUGUGUGCUAGCAGAGAUGAUGUUUAAAAAAAGGCCCUUUUUUCAUGGGGAAAACAACAAUGACCAACUUGUGAAGAUAGUUAGAGUUCUUGGAUAUCACGAUUUGAGAGCAUAUUUGGAAAAAUAUCAGAUUUGCUCUCCAAACAUAAGACCUGAUGGAAUGGAGCAAAGAGUAACGCUUUCCUCAUUUAUUCCUUUUGGAGAAGAGUCUUUGUAUGAUGAUGCAGUCGAUCUUUUGGAAAAAAUAAUGAUAUAUGAUCAUCACGAACGAUUCACUGCCAAGGAAUGUCUAAACCAUAAUAUAUUCAAACCCUAA